AUGUCUGCGGAUGUUGCGUACACGUUGGUUUACGAAUUCAAAAAUCAGCUGGAAAAGGGCGACGACGAGCGGAAAAUCGAGGUGAUGAAACAGAUCCUCAUCACGAUGCUCAAUUCGGACCCAAUGCCUGGUUUGUUGAUGCACAUCAUCCGGUACGUGAUGCCUUCCAGAAACAAGGAUCUGAAAAAGCUACUGUAUUUUUACUGGGAGAUCUGUCCAAAGUACGAACAAGACGGCAAGCUUAAGCACGAGAUGAUCCUUGUUUGCAAUGCUAUCCAGCACGACCUGCAACAUGCAAACGAGUACAUCCGUGGUAGCACGUUGCGGUUUUUGUCCAAGUUGAAAGAGCCGGAAUUGCUCGAACCUUUGGUUCCUUCGUCGAGACAGUGUUUGGAACACCGUCAUGCUUAUGUGCGGAAAAACGCAGUCUUUGCCAUCUAUUCCAUCUUCAAGGUCUCGGACCAUUUGAUUCCCGACGCUGCAGAGUUGCUGACCGACUUCUUGGCCGUCGAGAACGACCCAACUUGCAAGCGCAACGCCUUUGUUUGUCUUGGUCAGCUGGAUAGAGAGGCCGCUUUGAGAUUCAUCCAAUCCCAGGUGGUUUCCUCGAUCGACCCAUCCAUCCAAUUGGCCAUUGUCGAGUUCAUCAGAAAGGACGCCGUCGCUGCUCCGGAACUCAAGCCCCACUACUUACACAUCAUAUCGGAACUGCUCGAGUCGUCCAACAACGCGGUCAUCUACGAGGCCGCCUCCACGUUGAGUGUUUUGUCUAACUCCCAGGUCGCCGUCACCAGUGCUGCUUCCAAGUUCAUCGAGCUGGCCGUCAAGGAGCCAGACAACAACGUCAAGCUCAUUGCUCUGGAGAUUGUCGACGAGCUCCACCGCAAGAACGAGGAUCUCUUGCAUGACAUGUGUCUCGACAUUCUGAGAGUUCUUUCCUCGCCUUCGCUCGAUGUCAGAGAGAAGGCUAUCGAAUUGACAUUGUCGCUGGUGUCAAGCAAGAACGUGGACGACGUUGUCAAGCUGCUCAAGAAAGAGCUGCAAAAGACAACCACUUCCAACGAAGAAAAGAGUACCGAGUACAGACAGCUAUUGAUCUCGGCCAUCCACACAUGCGCCAUCCAGUUCCACGAGGUGGCAGCCAGUGUUGUUGAUCUGAUUCUAGACUUCAUUCCAGAGCUCAACACCACUGCCGCUUCUGAGGUGAUCACGUUUGUCAAGCAAGUGGUUGAGAAGUUCCCAGACCUCAGAAGCAGUAUUAUCCAGAGACUCAUCAUUUCCUUGAAAACCAUCAAGAGCGGAAAAGUGUUCAGAGGCACCCUGUGGAUCAUCGGAGAGUACUCUUUGGACGAAAAAGAUAUCCAGUCGGCAUGGAAGGCCAUCAGAUCGAGUCUGGGAGAGAUUCCUAUCUUGUCUUCCGAAAGACAAGGUCAUGGCGAUGACGAGGAGGACGAGGUCAAGACGAACGGUCAUUCUGGUCCAAAGAUUCUUGCAGACGGUACAUAUGCUACAGAGGUUGCUCUUGGCGACUCUUCAACGUCCAACGGUUUUGGCCACACCAAACAUCCUCUCAGAGCUUUAUUGUUAGAAGGAGACUUCUAUCUGGGCUCUGUUCUUGCAUCUACCUUGGUGAAGAUGGUGCUGAGAUUGAGUAAGAUCUCUUCGAGAACAGAUCUGUUGAACGCACUCAAGGCCGAGGCGAUGUUGAUAAUGGUUUCUAUUUUGCGUGUUGGCGAGUCUUCGAUCGUGAAGAAGCGCAUUGACGAGGAUUCGGCAGAGAGAAUCUUGUCGUGCGUGAGAUUUUUGAGUGAGGACGGAAAGGACGAGUCAUUGAUUGACGAGGCGUUCCUGGACGACACUAAGGAGGCUUACAAGCAGCAGCUUGCACUGGAGGCCCAACAACAGAAGGACAAGGAGCUGGCCAAUCUGCAGAACAAUGCGGAACAGGUUGACGACGCUAUUGUGUUCAGACAGUUGAGCACCAAGGACAAGGUCGAGGACGUUGACCAGCAGGACCUGACUCUUGCUGCGGGCAACACGGUCGUCAAGGAGGACCUUUCGUCGAGACUGAAGAAGAUCAAGCAGCUGACCGGGUUCUCGGACCCUGUUUAUGCUGAGGCAUACGUUAAGGUGCACCAAUUCGACGUGACGUUGGACGUUUUGCUUGUUAACCAGACCACCAGCACGUUGCGCAACCUGAGUCUGGAGUUUGCCACGUUGGGCGACCUGAAGGUGGUGGACAAGCCAACGACCCAGAACAUUGGUCCACACGGGUUCCACCGUGUACAGACCACCAUCAAGGUCACGUCUGCGGACACCGGUGUGAUCUUUGGAAACAUCGUUUACGACGGACAACACGCUGACGAGAACACGAUUGUGAUUCUGUCGGACUUGCACGUGGACAUCAUGGACUACAUCAAGCCUGCUACGUGUACGGAGGCCCAGUUCAGAAAGAUGUGGAACGAGUUCGAAUGGGAGAACAAGAUCAGCGUCAAGUCGAACCUGGCCACCUUGAAGGAGUAUCUGGACGAGCUUUUGGAAGGAACCAACAUGAACAACCUGACUCCGGGCGCUGUUAUUGGCGAGGAGUGUCAAUUCCUAUCUGCAAACCUGUACUCUAGGUCUUCGUUUGGAGAAGAUGCUCUGGCCAAUCUGUGUAUUGAGAAGAGCGCCGACGGCCCGAUUGUGGGCCAUGUGCGGAUCCGGUCCAAGGGCCAAGGUCUGGCUCUCUCGUUGGGCGACAAGGUGGCUGCCAUUGCUCGCAAAACCAGCCAGGCUGUGGUUGCACAGCAAGCUGCUGGAGGUUCUAGACGUGUUGGUGUUUGGAGUUCUGUUCUACCACGGCCUGUUUCUUAUUUUACGGACACUUUGUCUGUUGCCUCAAUUGCGCCGGCUGGUACCCACGAGCUCGCUGCGGCUGGACUUAAGCAUGCGCAUUGUUUCUUUCAUCCAAUCGACGCUGAUAGUGGUGCUCGGUCUGCCCUUGUUUGGCAACAAGUACCUGGAACAGGACCGGGUGUUUGCAACGACUCCGUAUUCGGAGGUUUACAGCACGUUGGCCGCAAGCUACUUUGUCUGGGACACGUUCAUGUCGUUGUGGUAUCUGAAACACUUCGGGGUCGGGUUCCUGGUGCACGGCGUGAUGGCCAGCACGGUGUUCCUGUCGGGAAUCCGCACUCAGAUGAUCCAUUACUACAGUCCGAUCUUCCUGCUGUUUGA